AUGUAUAUUAUCCAGUUAACUCUCCGGAUCUACGGGAAUGGGGUGUUACAACUUUUGUGGCAAGCCAAUGCUAAUGAUGAAAUUCCUUUGCACAUUGCAGCAAGAUACGGACAUACUGCCGUAAUUAAAUUCCUUCUUGAACGAGCAAAUGAUCAUAUCUCAUGUCAAGACCUCGAGAGCGGGUUUAGAUCGGCCAGAGAGAUGCUGGGGAUGAUGAACAAAGAGAAAGACACGGCCUUGCACGAGGCAGUGCGCUACAAUCAUCUAGAGGCGGCGAAACUAUUGAUGGUAGAAGACCCAGAAUUUUCAUAUUUUGCUAAUGUUGCUGGUGAGACUCCGCUUUACAUGGCCGCCGAGAGAAUACUUCAGUCUCUGGUGUCCGAAAUUAUAAACACCUGCAAAUCUCCAGCUUAUAAUGGCCACCUUGGUAGAACGGCUUUGCACGCUGCAGCAUGUUGGGAGGAACCAGAAGUGAUCAAACUAAUUCAAAAAAUCGGAGGUAUAAGUAAAGAAGCAGACCAGAAAGGUUGGACUCCGCUUCACUUGGCUGCACACUACAAUAAAAAUGAGUCAACAAAGCUGUUGCUGGAAUACUAUAGAGAUGUAGCAUACAUGAAAGACACGGAGGGUAGGACUGCUCUUCACAUUGCAGCUCAUCGUGGUCAUCAUAUGGUCAUGGAAAAGAUUAUAUCACACUGUCCGGAUUGUUGUGAAUUGGUUGACAACAGAGGCUGGAAUGCACUCCACUUUGCUGCGGAGGGCCCAGUUCUAGAUGAUUUUGAAGGUUAUCAACAUAUAAAACUGAUCAUUGGAGCCAUCCUGGACAAUAGGUCUCUCGGGAAUCUUUUGAAUCAAAAGGACGCCGACGGGAAUACACCUUUACAUCAUUUUCUCCGACGUUCUUCCUAUUGGCUCGACACCAAUGAUCAUCGGCAUACGAAUGGCAUAGACAAUCUCUUCUUUGACCCUAGAGUCGAUCAGAUGGCCUUCAACAAUGAAAACCUUCAUGCUUGGGAAAUCGCUUUAACCGCGGCAGACGUAUCAACCCGAAAGGAAGAGAAGGAGAAUAGGAAGAAGGCAGAGGAGAAGAAGAGGGAGGAUGCAAAGAAGAGGAUGAAGGAUAUUGUAGAGAAGAGGGAGGAGGAGUAUGAUCAGUUGAUGAAGGAGGACAUAAUAAAAGCUGCAUAUAGUCAUUUGGUAGUGGCUGCACUAAUUACAACUGUGACAUUUGCAGCAGGUAUUACCAUGCCUGGGGGUUUCGUUGGUGGAGGUGAAAAAUCACAACCAGCUGGCUCUGCGAUUUUGAGGACAAGUGCUGCUUUCAAGGCAUUCGUUAUUACAGAUGUCCUAGCCAUGGUACUAUCUACUUCUGCUAUAUUUAUCCACAUGUUCCUAGCAUUUACACCUCCAAGAAGUUAUCUCUCUGAUGCGCGCAUCUCUUUUCAUCGACUAGCCUUUUUAAUCCUUCUUUCAUCCAUGAUACCAAUGGUGCUGGCAUUUAUCACAGGCACGUAUGCUGUCUUAGCACAUUCCUUCGAUGUUGCCAUUCCCGCUUGUAUCAUUGGCUUAUCCUUGUUCCCUAUGGUCAUUUUUAUAUUCAAACGAUUCUUGACUAUAGCCGAUCACCAGGCCUUAAAGGGCAGGCGGCAUGAUUCCUUGAGUUUAGAAUGA